AUGUCCUCUAGCAGCCCACAACCACCCCUCCCUGAUUUCCCCACCACAUCGCCACCCAACCACCACCCACACAGCCACCUCCACAACCGCUUUCCCCUCAUCCCUCCAAUCCUUGCAGCCACAAUAGCCCUUGCAUUCUUCGUUUUGUUUGCGAUUAUUUACCGUAAACUGUCCCGGAAAAGAACAGCUCCUGCGGAUCUGAAGACUCCACAAAGAUUUUCCUACUCCGUACUCCGCCGUGCCACGUCGUUGUUUGCCGCAGCCAACCGCCUCGGACAGGGAGGGUUCGGCUCCGUCUACAAAGGAAUCCUCCCGUCCGGGCUGGAGAUAGCUGUGAAGCUCAUGGAUGCUUCCGGCUCUCUCCAAGGAGAGCGAGAGUUCCACAAUGAACUCUCGCUUGCCUCGAGGAUUGACACCACUUGCUGCCCACACGUGGUGUCCAUCCUCGGAUUCUCCUCCGAUGGCACAAGAUGUAGUAGUAAUCGUCACCGUCGUCGCCGGAGACUAUUACUAGUAUAUGAGUACAUGCAUAAUGGGAGUCUCCAAGAUGCAUUGUUAGAUCGCAAGUGUCCAGAGCUAAUGGACUGGAAAAAAAGAUUUGGAAUUGCUAUAGCUAUUGCAAAAGCUCUUGAAUAUCUUCAUUCUUGUGAUCCCCCAAUAGUUCAUGGCGAUGUCAAGCCAUCCAAUAUACUAUUGGAUUGUAAUUUCAAUGCCAAAAUCGGAGAUUUUGGGUUAGCACAAGUUUUAACAAGAGAUGACAUUGUUGAAACGUACAUUAACAUAGGGGAGAAUCAAAUUGACAAGGGGAAAAAGGGUUCCGAGAUGUGUUGUGGAAAUGGGGAAGAUAACGGGUCGAUAAUUGAGGAAACAGAGAGUGUGAUGACAGAGGAAGUGGUGGUGAAUGUAGAUCAGUCACCGGAGAGUUGUUGUGUGAGGGUUUUGGAAGGGGAGGUGGCGGUGUCGCCAGAGAUAGGUGCGGUGGAGGCAUCUCCGUCUGAGGGAUGUUUUGAUAGGGCCAGUGUUGAUAGUGGGAAUAGGAGGGUGGUUGGGAGGAAGAAAAGUCUUUCUGGGAGGGAUUGGUGGUGGAAACAAGACAAUGGUAAUGGAGGAUCAGAGUCAGGGAGAGUGAAAGAUUAUGUGAUGGAGUGGAUUGGGAGUGAGAUAAAGAAGGAAAGGCCCAAAAAGGACUGGAUUGAAACAUCGAGGGCAAUGGAGGAGACUACCAAAAUGGAGCCAAAGAAGCAUAUGAAGAAAUUGGAGUGGUGGGCUUCUUUGGAUGAGGAGCGAGUUCAGAAGGAGAAGAAGAAUAGGAAGCCAAGGGAGUGGUGGAAAGAGGAAUUUUGCGAGGAAUUGACGAAGAAGAAGAAGAAAAGGGGGACUAAAUCUGAUAAUGGUGGAGAAUUAUGGUGGCAGAGAGAUGAAGAUGUGGUGCCUGAGAGAAAGAAGAGGAAGAGCAGGGGUAGUAAGGGUAGCAUUGAUUGGUGGUUGGAUGGUUUCAGUGGGGAGUUUCGAAAUGGCAGGAGGAAUAGCCAAGAUUGGGCUAGUGGGGAUAUCCCCAAGAGCGGUGGUGUUAGUAGUACUCCUAGUAUGAGAGGAACUGUUUGUUAUAUUGCCCCUGAGUAUGGUGGUGGUGGGCAGCUCUCUGAGAGGUGUGAUGUUUAUAGUUUUGGUGUUCUGAUAUUGGUUUUGGUUUCUGGGCGAAGGCCACUCCAAGUAACGGCCUCGCCAAUGGCAGAAUUUGAAAGGGCAAAUCUGAUUUCGUGGGCUCGACAACUUGCCCACAAUGGGAGGCUCUUGGAUCUUGUCGAUCCCAAUAUUCAGUUGUUGGAUCGAGAACAGGCAUUGCUCUGUAUCACAAUUGCACUUCUCUGUUUGCAAAGGUCACCUAGCAAGCGUCCGACCAUGAAAGAAAUUGUUGGGAUGCUUUCUGGUGAGGCUGAGCCACCCCACUUGCCGUUUGAAUUUUCACCAUCACCACCAUCUAACUUUCCUUUCAAGUCCCGGAAAAUGGCUCGGUGA